UUUUCCUCACUUUUUUUGUAUCUUUCCAGAAUAAAAAUUUGGGAAAAUGGCUCGAGGCCCUAAAAAACAUUUGAAGCGUUUAGCAGCUCCAAAAGCAUGGAUGUUGGACAAGUUAGGAGGAACUUUCGCUCCACGUCCAUCAACUGGUCCACAUAAGCUGCGCGAAUCAUUACCUUUGGUGAUUUUUUUGCGUAAUCGCUUGAAGUAUGCUUUGACCAACACUGAAGUAACAAAAAUCGUCAUGCAGCGUCACAUUAAAGUUGAUGGAAAGGUUCGCACAGACAUCAACUACCCAGCUGGAUUCAUGGAUGUUGUCACCAUCGACAAGACCGGAGAAUAUUUCCGCUUGAUUUACGAUGUUAAAGGUCGUUUCACUGUUCAUCGUAUUACUGCUGAUGAAGCUAAAUAUAAAUUAUGCAAAGUGAAGCGCGUUAAUAUUGGACCUAAGAAGAUUCCAUUCUUAGUAACACAUGAUGGACGUACCAUUCGCUAUCCAGAUCCCUUGAUUCAUCCUAAUGAUUCCGUUCAAAUCGACAUUGCAAGUGGAAAAAUCACCGAUCACAUUCGUUUUGAAUCUGGAAAUCUCGUCAUGAUUACUGGAGGUAGAAAUUUGGGUCGUGUUGGAACAGUUGUGAAUCGUGAGAAACAUCCUGGAUCGUUUGAAAUUGUUCACGUGAAAGAUGCUAAUGGACAUAUGUUUGCCACCCGUUUAACCAAUGUUUUCAUCAUCGGAAAGGGUGCUAAAGCUUACAUCUCCUUACCUAAAGGAAAAGGUAUCAAAUUGAGCGUUGCCGAGGAACGUGACAAGAGAUUGGCAACAAAGACCGGAUCCAAUUAAAUAAAAUAAUAAAAAGAAGAAUGAAAUCGGAGCACAUAAGAACCAAGUUUGUUCUGGAAUGGUUAAAAAUUUCCAUUUAAUAAAAACCAUAAAAAGAUAAUUCAUAAAAUCUUUUUGUUUUGCUUUUUUUUAUCUACAGCUGUUUAUCUUGUAAAUUUCAUAAAGAAAACAUUUUCAAUACUUUGUAACGGUUUUAUUUUUUCCGCUCA